AUGCGUUUAUGUAAGCUAGGUAGCUCGUUAAUCAUGGAUGCGCUUCUUCUUCUCACUCUCCUCUCUCUCUUCAGCAAUAUCUUUUCUCUCGCAGAAAAUAUAAGCAUUGACUGUGGAGCGUCGGGAUCCCACGUGGACUCAGACAAUGUAACAUGGGUUGGAGACAAAGGCUUUGUCACGACCGGUGAAUCUUUUGAGAUUCCCGGUAACGUGACGGAGCCGGCCAACACCGUCCGGUUCUUCCCCUCCGGUCAAACGAAUUGCUACAGGAACAUCCCGGCGACAAGACGCCGUAAAACUCUCGUGAGAACGUUGUUUUACUACGGUAACUACGACGGGAAGUCCUCACCGCCGUCGUUCAACGUAGUUUACGACGGGAAAAACCUUGACAAUGUUGUGUUCAGCGACGAGGAUCAGUCACUGUUUGUAUCGGAGGUGUUAUAUUUCCCGGCAAGUGAGAAUAUCAGCGUUUGCCUAAUCCGCACGUCUCCGUCAGAUGAUCCUUUUAUAAGUUCCAUUGAAGUUUAUGGUAUGGAUGCUGGGAUGUAUGACGAUCUUGGUCCCGACGAAGGUCUCAUUCUCCGACAAAGAGUUGCGUAUGGGGCCAAAGAGAUUAUAGGCUAUCCUAUAGAUCCGUACGGUAGGUUAUGGUUCCCGUCAACGUCCAGCGACCAAACAAUCAUCGAGCUAACAACAUCAGCCCCAUCGAUUGACAUCACCGGUGUGGCCAAUAAGCCGCCAGAGAUUGUUAUGUCAAAAGCUUUGGCAGCAGACGGCCUAAGACUCUUUGACGACUCUCUCCCCUUAGCCGGCCUACCGGUUUACUUGGCUCUAUACUUCUCAGAGCCUCAGAUUCUAGGUCGGACCCAGAGACGGUCGUUUAACGUUUUUUUGGACGACACGCAACUAGGAUCAGGUCCCAUCGUACCGGUUUUCGGGAAAGCAACUCAGGUCGUCAUAAGAGACGUAGUAGCCACUUCGCUGUCUCAAGUGAUUUUCCAGUCUACGGACGACUCGGUUUUGCCUCAAAUCGUCAAUGCUAUGGAGCUAUAUUCGAUAAGUAAUGGCCAGGACGGUGGUGAUAACGGAGGAGGAGGAGCAAGCGGCGGUAGCAAUGAUGAUUCGCAAGGUUCUGGAGGAACAACAACACGAGAAACUAAUGUAGUUGGAGGUGGGGCAAACAAAAUUGGACGGAGGAAGAAAAUAUCCAAAUUACCACUCAUUCUUGGCGUUACGUUUUCCUCUGCGUUUGUGGCUCUCUCAUCAGCGUUUGCGGCGAUUUUCAUCAAGAGGCGUCACAACGCUAAGCCACAGUCCAACAAAGCGCCAACCAAGUCCACAGGGUCGGGAGUAGUGACAGGGAUAUCGCCUCUAGUUGGACAGCAAUUGGCGGGCGACGUAAGCAACCCAGGGCACGAUGAGCCUGAUGUGUAUGAUAUCGAUGAUCUGAUUGGUGUGAACGAUUCAUAUGUUGUUCAUCACGAUGAUCAUCAUCAACAUGGAGCGGCCUAGAGGACGAUCUUUUUGUUUCUUUAUGUUCAAAUUAUUUGUUGAUGCAUGAUUCAAAACGAUCUUCUUGUGUCUUUAUGUGCUUGUAAACAUCUGAUCUCUUGUUAAAACCCUACAUUUAGUUUAAAUUAAAUGCAUCAUCUUUUAUCUAUAUAUAAUAACAAUCUGAAUAAAUGCCAA